UUCCCAGUAGCUCUGGACUUCCCGCGGAGAUGUUGCUGGUGGCCGGAUUGAGGCUUCACGCUCCCGGCCUAAGACUGUGGCAGCAAAGCGCCGGAAGAUGUAGGGCGCUUCAGCCGGCGAAGAGGUUGGCGGGAAUCCUGGAGAAGCGCCAGCCCUUCACGGCUUCCCACUGCAAACUGUUAACGCCGCUUGGUUCGCCCCGAGCGUUUGGAUCCCGGUUUUGGCUGGGGGAAAAUAAGCAGGUUCCAUUUCUCCGUGCGGAGUCUCUGUGCCGCUUUGGUACAUCAUCCCUGGAGGAACAUUCAGAAUAUGGAAGAUUAAUUUAUUCUGGAAGUUUAUCAAAAACUGUAUUAGGAGUGAAGAUUUUCUGUGUUACCACCAGUAUAAUUACUGCUUCCAUGUUGUUUGGUAUCAUACACAAAGUCCACAUUCUGAUC